AGUAUAAUUUUAAUUAAUGAAAUGAAAACGAAAGGAAUAAAGUUAUUUAUAACAUUGAUAUUCAUUUCUGUCUUAGCCUUUGAAAUAUGCAGUGUGGUCACUGAAGUAUAUAAUUUAAAAUUAAUAAUCGUUUUGUUCGAUCGUUUCGAUACUAUCGAAUCUACAAGAGGCGCAAUCGAUAGCGGUGUCUGCUAUGAUAACUUUCUGUUUAUAAAGCAUAAAUUUGUUGACAGAGAAAUAUUGUUAUAUGUACAUUUUUAAUUAUAAUUGACUAAUUUAUCGAUCUAAUGUUAUUAAUCGUAUAUAAUAUUAGAAACAUUUUUCGGACAAACAUUUUCUGAAAAUUUGUGUUAUAAAUGUUGAAUAGGAAGCACAAGUAUAAUGGAUCGCAGCAAGGCAGGAAUUGGUAGGGGUGCAAAAAGUAAAAUUGCUCAGCAUCCUCCUGAUUUAUUUGCACUUGGAUCCAAAAGUUCACGUAGUGAGAGCUCAGAUGUUAAAAGGCCAGGAGUUAUUCAUUCUAAACCAAGCGGUAGUUCUUCAACUUCUGGAAAUGAUAGAAAAAAGGAAGCACCAUCGGGAUCACUUCAGAGUUUUCAGUAUAUUCCACAAAAGAAGCCUAAACUUGCAACACAUGUUUCCCAUCAACGACCACCAUUUUCAAGUGCAGAAGCUUGGGAAUUAGUAGCCAUAGAUAGCGAUCCAGCAGACUUUGUUCCAAUGGUUCUGGAAGCUAAUGAUAAUGAUGAAGGUGAUAAAGUGAUUGGAAUUAUCUGUGGUGCCAUUAAAACGCUUAAAAAUCAAAAGUGGAAACCUGAUACAUUGGUUUACAUGGGACUAUUAUAUUUAGCAAAAAUUCGUCCUUCUAUUUUUUCAAAUGAUUGUAUACUACAUGCACUAUCAUCACUACUAAAGAGGGAUCAAGCACAUAAUUACAAAGCUAAAGGAAACCCAUUGGUCCCUGUACUUGCAGCUAAUCUGUUAAUGAAAGGAUUUUGUGAUAAAAAAAAUUGGCCAGAUAUUUUUGUAAAGCUGUACAUUGAGGAUGCUUUAGGUGAAAGGGUAUGGGUUGAUCAUGAAGAAUGCAAAGGUUUUGUGGAUAAUAUUUUAACAGGUUUUAACACACGGCAUCCGCCAAAAAGCAUCUUACAACCAGAACUAUCUGUCUUAACACCACGCGACUGUCAUAGUCCAUCGACGAUUGACGACGAAGACACUGGAUCAUCAUCUGUACAAUUUUCUGGAGAGAAAGAGAAAAUAGAAUUUCCUGUAACUCCCAGAUAUGGUCAUUGUAUAGAGAACAUAGAAUUAAUUGUUCUUGAAGCUGUGAAAGAGCAGUUGAACAGGCGGCAACCAGAGUCAAUUACUAAGAAUUUUUUAAAGUUACUUUCUUCAGCUUGUGGUUUCGUAGAAAUCAGAAAUAUUGCUGUUCCAAGAUUAGAAAUGUGGUUACAUAAUCCGAAAUUGAUGAGACCAGCUCAAGAAUUAUUGAGUUAUAUUUGUUAUAAUUGUACUUCUCAUACUCAGAGGGACGUUGAAGUUAUUAGUCAAUUAGUGAAAAUGAGAUUAAAGACCAAAGCUGUAAUUAAUUUAUAUCUAAACGGUGUAAAAGAAUUAAUUGGUUUACACCCAGAGAACUUAUCCACUAUCUUGAAGCAUACAAUUUAUAAUGAAUUAUCGAAUGCACGAAAUCCGAAUAAUAUGCCAAUGUUGGGUGUGAUGUUUCAAACAUUACCCGAACAAGCGGCCAAAUUACUUGCGGAAAUAUUUCAAGACUUGUUGAUGAAUCGAGAAGACUAUCUGAGACCUCUGCGCGCUUUGCUCCGAGAAAUCGUACGUGUCUGUCGACACGAUAUUAAUUUACUUAUCUUUGCGCGUACGUUAAUGACCGAAAGACAAGAUAUAGCACAACAGUUGCUUAAUUUUGAAUUUAAAGAACGAGUCUUCAUUUCAAUCGCCGAUUUAUUGUGCUUGUGUAUGUUACUGGCUAUCAGUCCUCAAGUCAAAGAAGCCGCGGCAUUAGCACAAAGAGGCGACAAAAAGGACAUUGCUUUGUUACAUCAAUUUCAGAACAUGGUAGCAACAAUACAAUUCGAAGCUGUAUUAUGGUUGCAGAAUUCAGCACCUCAAACGUAUUCUAUUGGAAAAAAUGAACUCCUUCAUGCUUUGCAUAAAAUUUUAUUGCUUGAAUCUCCAGAACAGUACUAUAAGUUGGACAAUUGGCCUCCUGAAUCUGAUAGAGUAUUUUAUCUUCGUUUAAUCUCUGAUGUUCCUCUAUUACAGAAUACAUUAUUAAAACUGUUACUACUUGGUUAUUCAAAAGAAAAUGGUAUCACGCAUUCGGAAACUUUAGAUUUGGUAGAUCAAUUAAUACGACGAGCAGCAGUUAAUUCGACAGAAAGUUUUCCGACAUUACAAGCGGAUAAAUUAAAUAUAAUUGAAUUAAUUUUCAAUCUUUGUAUUUAUCAACCUCCAGGAACUAUAAACAUACCAUCAAAUUAUGUUCCACCAACUUUAGCAAUAUCGAAUUUGUAUUGGAAAGGAUGGAUAAUGUUAUUGAUAUUAGCUGCUCACAAUCCAUCUACUAUUGGUGCUGUUGCAUGGAAACGAUAUCCCAUUCUACGAACGCUUAUGGAAAUGUGUAUUACUAAUCACUUCUCGUAUCCUCCACCAACGAUGGCUUUACCAGAAAUCAUAGAACAAGAACGUUCGAAAGAAUUGCAAGUUGAAGCUAUUGAAAAGCAGGAAAUAUUGGAAUAUGAAUCACACUUAGCCGCUGCAUCAACGAGAAUACAAAUAUCGGAACAGAAUAGCUUGUUAUUGUCACAACUGAUGACGAUGGAACCAACUGGCAUUGCUAGGAGACCACCUCCAGCGGUAUUGGAACAAAUACAAUCUUUAAAUGUGUCCCACAGGUUGGGACACUUAUUGUGUCGGUCUCGCAAGCCAGAUUUCUUGUUAGAUAUAAUACAAAGGCAACAACAAAGUUCUUCGCAAAGUAUGCCUUGGUUAGCAGAUCUUGUGCAAAACAGUGAAGGAUCUCUUAGUCAAUUACCUGUACAAUGCCUCUGCGAAUUUUUAUUAUCAACCAGUGCUCAAACCGUGGAGAAACAACCAAGACAACAGCAGUUACUGGCUCAUCUUCAGAUGUUGUUGACCGACCCGGAACAAGACCGACAACAUGCUUAUGAGGUUUUAGAAUAUUUCUUAAGAAGAUUGAGUAGCCAACAAACUGGUAGUCGUCUUCAAGCGAUUACAGGCCUAAAAAUGGUUCUUGGGUCUAUACCUACCGAAGAAGAGCCUAUGGACAUAGACGGGGAAAAUGAAAAGGAGGUCUGGCUUAUUCGAAAGUUACCGUCUAUACCUCACUUUUUAUCAGUACGGUCUUUGGUUUCCACGGCGCUUCGUGGAGCUUGUCAAGUUGAAAACAAUCCUGAUCUUGUACACGCUUAUAUAUCCUAUCUUGCUGCGCAUACUACAGAAGAUGACUUACCCGAGUUGACCGAUUUAGCGAACGAAAUAUCUCAAUUAGUGGUUGAACGAAGCACAAUAAUAGCAGCUAUUUUACCACAGCCAGAAAUUGACAACUCCCAAGCUAAACAAACUUUACACGCUUUCAUGGCAAUUAUUUGCAAUUACCUAGAAAAAGCUAGAUCUCCGAGAGCGGAAGAGUACACGUGGUCUGAGAGCCAGGAUCAAAUAUUGGUGCAAUGGAGUACAGGAGAAGAAUGUACAAUGCAUAUUCUAGUUGUUCACGCAAUGAUAAUUCUCUUAACUUACAAUUCCGAGGACGAUGAACUGUUCGACGUUCUAUUAGAAACGUGGUUUCCAUUAAAUUCAGAACCACCUAAAGCUUUUCUUGUCGACACUAGCGAAGAAGCAUUGCUCAUACCGGACUGGUUGAAGUUAAGAAUGAUUAGGAGUAAUGUGCCACGUUUAAUAGAUGCAGCUCUCAAGGACUUGGAACCACAACAGUUGGUUCUUUUUAUUCAAAGUUUCGGUAUUCCUGUACCCUCGAUGACUAAAUUACUUCAUACUUUAGAUGCUGGCGUGCAAAUCGAUCCGAGUUCAGUUGGUGAGGCGGUAUUAGAUAAAACUUACAUGGCACAAUUAGUUGAAGUUCAACAUAGAAGAGGAGCCACGGGUGGGCUUGUUUUUGUACAAGUUUUACAAUUAUUGGAGCCACAGUUACCCGAUGAAAAUGCAGUGACUGUUGGACAUUUACAAGAACCACUGCCUCUUAGCGUUAUGGUUCAAAAACAGUCUGUCAUACAAUGUUCUGUUAAGACAGACGUGCCGCAUUUGAUCAACAGAUUAUUUAUCGAAAAUAUACCAAUGAAUCAAAAAGUAGACGCGUAUCGUCGAUUGCACAAAACCUUAGCGAAAGAUUUACAAAAAUCUGCAAAAGAAAGCGGAGCUGUUGUCUUGGCGAUACAACACAUAUACAGUGUAUUAAGUUCAAUGCAAGUUAAACAGUUUUUAGCUUCACUUGUUCAUAUGCCACAGUUUUCUUGUACAUUAAUGCGGAUAAUAUUGUUACCUUUAAAAAAAUCAUCUACUUCAAAACAAGUGGUCGAAUUGACACGAAAUAUGUGUUUGAAUUUAAUACAACUGAUCGGAGAUAUAAAAGCACCAGUUUUAUCCAUUUUAAGAGACUUCGCAAAUGUUCAAUUAACUAAGACACCAAAAAGCAUGGAAUUAACAAUGUUGAUGCAAAAUCGAGAUCCUGGCUCUAUCUUAGAAAGUACAGAUCCUGUAAAUUUAGAAGCGGUUGGAAGGAAGUUAUUAGAUAUUUGCUUGAAACAACAGAAAACUGAUGUUCUUGUUGAAGCAAUGGCAAGAUUAUUAGUAAACGAUAGCAACGAGGGUAUUUUAAAACCACGGACAGGUUUAUUAAUUGAUUGGUUAGCAUCUGUAGAACCGGAAUUAAUUGGUACAUGCCCAACUCUUCAAAUGAAGCUUCUGUUUGGAAAAACGAAAAUACAAAUGAAAGUUGAUAACAACAUUGUAAGCUCACAUUCGUUUAGACCUUAUUUAUUAACUUUAUUAACACACAGAGCUAGUUGGGCAACUUUGUACAAAUGUAUCGGACAUUUAUUAGAUAAAUGUGAUGAGGGGUAUGAUCCUACGGCUGUUUUAGAUUUUCUAUGGGCGUUAACUUGUAAUCCAAAACUUUGGCAAGGCAGAGACAAGUUUACGCCAAAGCAUUAUGUGCCUGAAAAUAUUUUACUUUUACACGAGAAACAGUUAUUGACAUUGGUGGCAUAUUUAGUGGCAGAAGCUGUUAUCAUAUGCAAUUGUCAAAAUAGGAACGCCGCAGUUGCUCGAAUGGAUUCUCGUCUUGAUUUAUUGUUACAUUGCGUUUCCACUGAUGAUCAUUUAGUAUCUAGUGUUGUAAAAUACUUGGCUGAACGUAUGAUGAAUGAUUCAGACAUAGAUUCUGAUAUGGCACACCAGUUUUUAUUACAUAUGUACAUGAAGAUACCAAAAGUGAUAUGUUACUUGGACACUUUUCAAACUAAAAAGUUUGUCGGAGGAGCAAAGAUUACAAAAUGGACUGGUUCUGUUUUGGAUUGCAUGAGCCAUUCAUUGUUGACAGCUUUAGCAGCAACACCAAGACAAAAGUCCUGGAAUUCGAAAUCCCAGGAUUUCGAAUUGUGUGCUCGAAAAAUGGCUGCUGUGCACCCUAUUUUAGUGUUGCGACAACUUCCAAUGUUAGCAUCAUCGUUAAUGGGAAGAAGUUAUUUGGAUUUUAGCCAGUUUAGAUCAGGCCAUCAUUUAAAUCUUUUUGUACAAAUAAUGGGACUGUUAGAACUGUUACAACCACAUUUGUUUAACGAAGAACAUCAAACUGCUUUGGAAGACACACUUGAGAAUUAUUUUCAAUGUUUUCAAAAUUACGGACCGGUAAAGGAUCUCAUACCUUUAUUAAAUCGGUUUAUUACACUACUGCAGGGAUACAUCUCUUAUGAUCCACAACGAGCAUUGAAAUAUUUGCAGAAACACGCUCAGGUUCUUCAUGAAUUACAGGCACACUAUCCAAAUUUAGUAUCGCUUAGAACGCUUGUGUCGAGUAUUCCAGUGUUAAAGGAAGGAGAAGAUGUUGAAGAGGUUUUAAUUACGAUUCCUCCUACUCCUCCGCCAUUGGAACCCAUUAUCCCACAACAUUGGCCAUCGUUGUUAGCUACUUUAUCUAAAAUGCAAGGCGAAGAUGUAUUUAGUGCUCUCCAGGAAAUCGAGCAUUUAUCGUCUCGAAAGCCUUCAGUUUUGGAAUCAGUAACAGACAAUAUAGCAGAGUUACUUGUCUCCCCACAAAGUAAUAUAAGAUCUCUUGCUCAUACAUUAUUAGCGAGAGCAUUAAAACAUCGUCCUGAAUCAAAUACAAAUAUAUUGUCUGCAUUUCAAAGGUGUUUGGAUAGUUCUAGAGCCGAUAUUCUAAUGUCAGCUUUGGAGAAGUUACCAGAAAUUGUAUUAUGUAUGCAAGAACAUGCUUUACCAUUGAUGCAGAAGGUAUUUGAAUUAGGAGUAAAUUCAAAUGUGAAUACUAUACCAUAUAUAAAUAAAACCAUUGCUCUGUUAAAUACACAGCAAGGUUGUUAAUACUAUAAAAAAAA